AUGGCAGAUUCUCAGCAAGAGAAACAACUCGAUCCAUCACAACCACCGACCUCCGCCACCUACCUCCACCCGCGCCGAGAGCCCUUCGAGUACGGGCUCCUUCCCAUUCCCAAGCUCAUAUUUACCGACGGCAUACAGACCCUAUCCCAUGUCAAAUCCACCCUCCUAUCGUCGAAUUCCGAUCGCCGAGUCAAGCCGGAGACCCUGGCCGAAGUCCUUCAAAUCCCGGUCGAGCAUUCGCGUCUAUUGGUCGAGACCCUGGCCUCGGUUCUGCAUGACGACUCUGAUCCCGCGGUGAAGGCCAGGACUCGGGAGGAGAUCGACGAAGUUGGGGUAAAUGCGUUUGAUUUGCUUGUUUUUCUGUAUGUACAGAGCUACAAGAGGUUACUGCCGAAAGGGCACAAGGAUUCAGCUGCCGUCGCUGAUGUUUGGCCGUCUACUUCGGCGUUUGAUGGGUUUUUAUCUGUGCUUUCGCCGAUACAGCUGGUGCGCAGUAACAGUCGUCGAUUGAUGCCGUCUCAAGCUGAUGAAGAGGCUCAUCAGCUUUCUUAUCUGCAGAAACACCUAAGCAAUAUCCUUUCCCUCUUGGCAGAUGUUGCAGAAGGGGAAGGCGAUGAAGCUAUGGUUCUAUCCAUGGAGAAAUUUGAACAUCUUGGAUUUCUGAUGUAUUUCGGGGAUAAGGGCUCUGAGAGAAUCCCCGUGAGCCAGAAUACUCCAUUCUAUGCGAAUUCAGAUCCGGACAUGCCGGCUGCCCCAGUUCCUACAUCACAAGUUCUUGAUUGGCUUCUCCAAAACAUAUCCUUUACCCUCGAACAUAUUGCUGAUAGGGCUUCUUCGAAAGAAAACAGCCCUGGCAAUUCUUCAGAUCAAGAUGUCGCAAUGUCCGAUAUCAGCGCCAUGAAGCCCUCAAGCAACCUAAGAGGUCCAAGUUUGAUUGAGGCUAUCUCCAAAUCAUCGUAUGUAAAGCAAGCAACUGAUCUUAAGGCUACAUCUAUAAAGGUUGUAAAUUGUCAUGAAUCAGUAAUUUACAUUUUGGCGCCAAUGAGAUACGCCACAGUCUAUGGAUGCUCUGAUGCUACAAUUGUUCUUGGAGCUGUUGGCAAGGCUGUUAGAGUCGAGCAUUGCGAACGUGUUCAUCUGAUUACUGCAGCCAGACGUAUCUGCAUUGCUAACUGCCGUGAAUGCUUAUUCUUCUUGGGGGUUAACCAGCCACCCCUCCUUGUUGGUGAUAAUCAUAAACUGCAGGCUGGUCUCUCAUUAUGUGGCUUCUUCUUUGUGGCCCCUUAUAACACAUUCUACUCACAACUGGAGAACCACUUGACUCAAAUUGGGAUUGACCCUAACAUCAACAAGUGGGACCAACCCGUGGUGCUUGGAAUUGUUGAUCCACAUGAUGCAUUAUCUCAUCCUGCUGGUGUCUCGGAUGUUCAAGCUGAAUCUGCCACGAGCUUAGAGCCAAAUCAGUAUACCAAUUUUGUGAUCCCAAGCUGGUUGGGAAGUGAAGAAGAUGGUGGAACGAAGGAUAACCCCUUCCCUUUACCUUGCCCGUAUCUUGCAGCACAGAAGAAAAAUCAUGAAAAUCUGGAAGAGGUUAAGCAACUUUUGAGGGAAACUCAACUUGAAGAAAGCCGAAAACGGGAACUGUCGAGUGCUAUCCAUGCGUGUUUUAAAGACUGGUUAUAUGCAUCAGGAAACAUCCGGCAGCUAUACUGCUUACAGGGAGAAUAA